UGUUCACUUUUUUCGUCAAUCGUCAAAAGUUGCUCAACUAAAAAGCUAGAAAAAGAAUUAUUGAAAAAUAUUAUAAAAUUUUAAAAGAACGAAACUUUACUUUUGAUUCCUUUCCUUUCCUUUCGAGAUGUUGCGCGGUUCAUUGAUGUUUCUGCAGACGCAGCACAAGCUGUUCACCAACAGCUGUCGUGGCGUCACCAGCACAAUGGUGUUGCAUGAUAAGGGCAAGAACGGGGGCAAGGGCGAGGGAAAGUUUCGCGUGGAACGCGACACAUUCGGAGAACUGAAAGUGCCGGCGGACAAGCUUUAUGGCGCCCAGACUAUGCGCUCGGUGAUCAAUUUUCCCAUUGGCGACAUUGGCGAACGCAUGCCGAUGCCGGUUAUCCAAGCCAUGGGCAUUCUGAAGAAGGCUUGCGCCGAUGUGAACAAGGAAUUCGGCAUGGAUGCCAAGCUGUCGGAUGCCGUGUCCAAGGCCUGCGAUGAGGUCAUCACCGGCAAGUACUACAAGGAGGGACACUUUCCGCUGGUCAUCUGGCAAACGGGAUCCGGCACCCAGAGCAACAUGAAUGCCAAUGAGGUCAUCAGCAAUGCUGCCAUUAAGGAAAUGGGCGGCGAACUGGGCUCCAAGAAGCCGGUGCAUCCCAACGAUCAUGUGAACAAGUCGCAGAGCUCCAACGACACCUUUCCCACGGCCAUACACAUCUGUGUGGGCAUGGAGCUGAAUGAGCGCCUCAUGCCCGCCAUUACGCAUCUGCGCGAUGCCCUCGAAUGCAAGUCCAUCGAGUUCAAGGACAUCAUCAAGAUCGGUCGCACCCAUGUCAUGGACGCCGUGCCGCUAACAUUGGGCCAGGAGUUCAGCGGUUAUGCCCAGCAGUUAAGCUAUGCCCUGGAUCGCAUUGAUGCCUGCUUGCCGCGUGUCUAUGAGCUUGCCUUGGGCGGCACAGCCGUCGGCACUGGCCUCAAUGCACCCAAGGGCUUCGAUGUGAAAGUCGCUGCCCGCAUUGCCGAGCUCACCAAGCUGCCAUUUGUGACGGCGCCCAACAAGUUCGAGGCGCUGGCUGCCCGCGAUGCCAUGGUCGAGGUGCAUGGUGUGCUGAAUACCAUCGCUGUUAGUUUGAUGAAGAUUGCCAAUGAUAUACGCUUCCUGGGCUCGGGACCACGUUGCGGUCUCGGCGAGCUGAUGUUGCCGGAGAACGAGCCGGGUAGCUCCAUUAUGCCGGGCAAGGUGAAUCCCACACAGUGCGAAUCUAUGACUAUGUUGUGUGCCCAGGUUAUGGGCAACCAGGUGGCUGUUAGCAUUGGUGGCUCCAAUGGGCAUUUUGAGCUGAACGUCUUCAAGCCCUUAAUUGUGUCCAAUGUGUUGCGCUCCUUGCGCUUAUUGGCCGAUGGCAGCGUCAAUUUUAGCAAGAACUGUGUGGAAGGCAUUCAGCCGAACUCAGAGCGCAUUGCCAAGAUCAUGAACGAGUCGCUGAUGUUGGUUACGGCCUUGAAUCCACACAUUGGCUACGACAAGGCCGCAAAGAUUGCCAAGACUGCGCAUGAGAAUGGCACCACGCUCAAGGAGGAGGCUUUGAAGGAGGGCGUUACCGAGGAGCAAUUCAAGGAGUGGGUUGAUCCCACUAAGAUGCUGGGUCCCAAGUAAAUGGCACAAUUAAAUAGAAAAUCAUUUUUCUUUUCUCGUUAAAAUUUAAAUAAAACGCAAUGUUGGCAAGCGAUAAAAAG